GGGGAGGAGAGGGAAAGAAAAAAAAAAAAAACCACGGCAGGUAUAUAUUUCCCUCACGGUUUUCAACCCAACGAAAAAAAAAAAAAAAAAAAAAAAAAAAGAAGCAGAAGAAGAAGAAGUCGAAGGGGAAGAGUCGCCAGUAUCACUGCAGCCAGGCUAGGGGCACUCUGGUCUGUGCCACCCUCCGAGCCAUACAGACGGCAGGACGGGCAGACAGCUGCCUCGCAGACCAUCGCACAUUAUGGAGGCUCUGUGCGUCCAACCCGUGAAGGAGGAUGGGGUUAUGACGGAGGAAGAGGAGCAGGGAAAAAGUGGGGAAGAGGGAGAAAUGGAGGCCACGUUUCCCGCGGGCUGCACCACGGACGAGGACACAGAUGAGGACUCAGAACCGGAGCCCCCACCGGUUGUUCGCAGGAAGGUGUCAUUCGCCGACGCAUUUGGCCUCAACCUGGUGUCAGUCAAGGAGUUCGACAACGUCGAGGUGACAGAGUCAGAGGUCAGCCAGCCUCCCGAGAGGGAAGCAGCCUAUCCGCUGCUUCCCUCUCCCUCUCACGAAUACUACAUGUGCUGUCUGUUCACGAUCCCCUCGUCCCCAGAGGAGCUGGACCAGAGGCUGCAGGUGCAGAAGGUGGAGCUGGAGAGCAUCGAGCUCCUCCCAGGAACCACCACGCUGCGGGGCACGGUCCGGGUGCUCAACCUCUGCUACGGGAAGGCCGUUUAUGCCCGGAUCAGCCUGGAUGGCUGGAGCAGCUACUUUGACCUGUUGGCGGAGUAUGUGCCCGGGUCCAGUGACAGGAAAACAGACCGGUUUACUUUCAAGUACGCUCUGAUUCCCCCCUUCGGGAGAGAGGGGACCAGAGUGGAUUUCUGCCUGCGCUAUGAAACGUUGGCGGGCACCUUCUGGGCGAACAACAAGGAAAUGAACUAUGUGCUGUUCUGCCACCAGAAAGGACAAGUGAAAGGGCCGGGGCCUCAAGUGCUCGAGGAGAGUACCACGUACAGGGGCAAGAGGAGCUGCCUCAAGGCGAACAGGAGGGUAAGUGCAGAGGAAAAGACCACGGAGACCAUUCAUACAUCAACAGUUUCUGCAGGAGCACAGGCCACUCAUGAAGCAGAGCAGGCUGACAGAAAGACAUUGGACAGCAGAGAGAUGGAGUCGUUAUUGUUACUCCAUGAAGGACACCAACCUUUGGUGGAUGGCGUAAGAAGCUGGCCCAGAGGAACACGUGUGGCACGUGUGCAGGACUUCGCCUCCCGGGUUAGACAAGCACCGGGGGCUUAUUCACAUGUCUCAGCCACUGGCCAGAAGGCUUCUCGGCCUAUGCCAGCUCCGCGGACACACAGCGAUCGCUACAACUGGCGAAAGAAACCAAGCGACAGUCCGCAGGUCCUCACCUACCAUCAGAUUCCUCUGCUGACGCUGGACUGGCAAAAUGAGAAACCGCGGCCGCGGGGGGCUGCUGAUGUGGACGACAUUUGGAUUGGAAGCGCUAAACCUUCCGGGUCUGAAGCAUCCGAGGAGAAUACACACUCACCCUCUGUUAAUGAUUUGUGGGAGACCUUUCCUAAUGGCACAGACGAUACAGUUGACAAAGAAACGUCAGUGUGCGACGUGUGGCAGAAGUUUCUGAAAGAGCCGAGCAGUAAGGAUCAUUCUGGACUCCCGGAGUCUGAAUGGCUGCAAACAGCAGCGUCGGUGUCGCCCUCAAACCACAGCGGGCCCCAAACCCGGUACAUGGCGAGCAGUCCUGCGUUUCAGGGACGUCAGGCGGGCACAAGUGCGCCCACCACCUUGCACGCGCACACCUCACGCGCACGUCAGCUGCUGUCCGACGAAUGCGGAGCACUGCUGUCAAAUGGAGCCCUGAGCGCCGGCGACCACCAGCCGGCAGAGGCAUGUGUCAGCGGUCCAAGUGGUGAGAACACGGCGACACAUGAUGCAUCCCAAAGGUCACAGACGAACUCUGCAACAGACACUUCUCAGGAAUUCAGCCUCAAGGGGGCAACGCCCGUGGCCGGGGGCUCUGUUGACAGUGCAGCUGAGUGUCACGAGGCUGCAAUCUGGGGGCGAGAAGGAAUAGUAGGAGAAGCCAAGGGAACAGGAGGAGACCAACGCGCCGCACUGCACACAGCUGACUUGGUAACAAGCUCGGGGGAGUCGAAGGCAACAGACAUGACAGCAAUGCCAGAAUCUCAGAAUGCCAGCACUGUUGAUAGGAUCUCACAGGGAGCACGGCAGGACGAGGGUCUUUCUUCUAGUGGGGAAGGGGAGGUUACAGGUACUACACACAAUGCGAUGGAUGACACGCUGGCAUUUAGGGAGACAAUCAGACGGGGGACAAAGGAUGGGCAGAGGUCUGCCUUUUCCACAGCCAGACAAAGAGCAGAGGGAAGGAUCAUGACAAACUCUACGGAAAAUAAAGCAUCCACAGAAGAGGAGAUAUUUAGGCCACAUAAAACAGAGGAGUGUGAAAUCUCCCAGAGGCGUGCAGAUGAAAAGCACUGCGAGGAAGUCAGGCUGAACCGAAAGAGUGAAAAUCCAUUACUGGAGAGUGAGAGAGAUGAAAAUGAAAUAAGACCUGCACAGUCACAUGCACACGGAUCCAAUCCAAACCAAACAUGUGAGGGAAAUAUCACACCGAGCCCAGUAAUGGAAAGUGAAUUCAAAACGGAUGAAUCAGAAAAAGAUAUGGCGUCGAGUGACAAAGACUUGGAGGGAUUCAGGCGGACGCAGGUGGAAAAUUCCUCUUGCAAAGAAACCAAGGAUACAAAGAGACUAAUUAGUGCGGAAUCUGAAAUGAUAAUAUCAGAGGAGGAAGAUUGUAAUGACAAACCUGUACGACUGAAUUCCUCAGUCUGUCUGAGGGGAGACACAUCAAUCGUUUCAGAAGUACAUAAUAAACAGUCAAGGCCAGUCCAAGCACACGUUAAGAAUGAGGAGGAGGCCUCGACAUUUACACAAAUAGAGGAAAAUGUACUGAAGUAUGAAACGGGGGAAUAUGUUUUUGACUCAAAUCAGACAGAAGGAGGAGAAAGCUUGAGUUGUAGUGGAAUAAUCGUGGCGCAACAGGAAAUAGACCCGUCACCGCAGAGCGCACGCACUAUGGAAUUAAGGGAAAAGACAGAGCUCUUUCACAGCCACCAUGAUACUUUGAGACCUUUUCCAGCAGAUAAAUGCAACCCGAACCCAAUGGAGGUGGUCGAAGCGAGAUUGGAAUCAUCACAGGACGUCGUGAAGGGUCAGAAAGAGGGCGCGGGCGGCGAAAUAAGCCCAGGCGAAGUUACGGUGGAGGAGAGCGUUACAAGAAGAGACACUACUGAGACAAUAGGAAGAAUAGAGGCGGAUUUGAGUCGGAGAGACAAAGAUGAGAGCCCGAGUAUCGGGAGGCUGAAAACAGAAGCAGCGGGGGAGUUGAUGGGGCCGGUGGAGGACCCUCGGGCGGAGGGCGAGGAUUCGUCAGCGGAAUUGAAAGAACGAGAGUUGUCGGCGGGAGUUGAUGGCUCUCGACGCGUUGAAUGUAGAAAAUUGUCAGGGGGAACAAAAGGUCGCACUGCCCCGGAAAAUGCCGCGGCACUUGGGGCGACGCGGUCGAGAGUGGCGGAGGCGCUCACGGAGAGAUUCGGCGAGGAUUUGGUAAGGGGGAUUUGGGAAGAGGUGUUCGGUCGGAAAGUGCAGGACAUUGACAGAGAUGUUGUUGGCGGAAUGAGGUGCGGCGCGGCGGAUGUGACUGGUGUCACGCGGGACUGCCACCUUCUUUUUGAGAAAGCCGAUAAUUCAGGUACGUUUUCCCUGGCGGAUCCAAGAUUCUAUCAAGGCCCGGAGCAAACCACAGUGACUAAUGGCAAGGAACACUCCCCCAAAGGGGCCGGUCAGUCGCUCGACACAACAGAUCAGAGUCACCCUCUCUCCGAAUUACAGGCCGAUUUGAAUCCAAGUGCUCAUCUCAGCCAAGAUCUCACUGCCACUUUGGCUGCUCUGAGUAGGAAGUCGUCGACUGAAUCGGCCCAAACCAUCAGCUCUCCAAGGGAUGAGGGAAACUACACUCAGAUACGAAAAAGAUCAGCGACCCGUCAGGAGACAGGUAGACAAAUAGAAGACUGCGUCGCCGCCUACAAAGAGAAUUUAAAUCGAUCGAGCCCACCAUUUCGCAAACACCCGCUUUCCUCCGCUGAGGAAUUGAAAGAGUCUCACGGUCUCGGGUGGUGGAGCAUAUACAUGCUCACUCAUGUCAUCAGACUUCUAACAUGCACCCUUUUAGUUGCUGGAUUCUUUGUCGUCGUUUACCUCUAUGACUUCCCGGCGUUCUUUGCACUCUACAUGUUUUCAGUGUGCUGGUGGUUUUAUAAGUGGAGGAGCUAUCGGGCGACGAUGAACAAGGGGGCGGGCCGGGAGUUUGCAGGGAAAAGAGACGGUGUUAAGGAGUGCAGUGUUUAGCAUUUAACCAACAACGUGUCAUUAUGUCAUAAUGUCUUCCAUAUCUUCAUACUUUCAUAAUGUGUAUUCAGAAGGGCGAGACCACUGUCGACUUGUGACCCCUUUAAAAAGCAAAGCAAAGUCCAUUUGUCACCCAUUGUAUUUGUCCACCUGUUAUAACCUGUUCAAGCAAAGUGUGAUUUAUUUAUAUAUUUUUUUGUUGCUUUUUUUGUUCUAUUAAUUUCAUUUGUGACGCAACAUUGCAGCAUUACAUUGAACAGAGACAAUGGGGCAUAAGGGUGAGGUAUGGACUGGUAUGAUGGUGCAUGCCCAAAAGACAGAACAAAGGCAGAGAAAAGUAGUGGGAUGUUUGGCAGAUAUUAUUUUUUCUUUAAAGUGGGAGAGAAAGCAGGUGGAGUAAAGUUGUGGGUGAGGGGUGGGGGUGGUCACCGUCCACAAGGGGGACAGAGUGAGCAACACUGGGGAGAUGGGAGGUGUUCCUUUUUUGUUCGUUUUUUGCCAGUAAAUUUCUUCCAGCUCCCUUGUAGCCACGCACCCGAGCCCCGUGAUGGAAGAGGAUGACCUGCCACUAAAAACAUAUUAAAUUAUCAAAAAAUGAGGUGUAUGCUUUUUUUCUCAUCCUCCUCCUCUCUCUUUGAAACGAUAAUACAUUUACAGAUGGACCAACCCCAUCACCCCAGACACACGCAUACAAAUAAACACAUAAGCACAUUCACAUACACAAGUGCAAAGACACACACACACACACUAAUACACGAUGCCGGUGAAUACAGAUCAAAGUAACUACCUUAUGACAAAUUGAAAAAUAAAAAUGAAACCAAACAUGAUCGUGAAGGCAGAGGUGGCUCAGGCCACUGGUGCAACCUCACAACGAGAUACAUGUAAACAUCACUGAUAUAAAUGUUAUAUUUAUAUAACUGGGAGUCUGUUAAAGUAUGUCAUAAAUGAAAUAUUAUGUAUUAUAUAAUUUAAAAAAAUUGGAACAGUCAAAUAUGGCGGACAGCAAUGGGGAAAAUAAGGAGGAGGAAAGGGAUUAUGUUUGUUGCGUGUGCGUCUGGACUCACAUUUUGCAGUUGGGAGUGUUAUUGAGAAAUUUAUAACACUAUGUGAUCGUAAUUUUCACGAUCUCGUCACUUAACUUACAAGGUUGUUGUGUGAUGUAGGUUAUGUUAAUUUGGGGGUUUUAAACUGUUGGUCUCUCUUCAUGGAGUCCGUUCCAAUUGUAGCCAUGGGUUAUUGUAGUUGUUAAUUUGAGUCAACAUUAUCGUUGAUUUGCGAAGAGGUAGUGGAAGGAAGGCUUGGUGCCUCGAGCCGGCCACCUUUGAUUUUCCAUUUUAGAUUCUGGGCUUUUGGUUUUCCAGUGUAGUAAAGUUAAUGAGUAAUGUGCUUUAACCCAUGUGUUGGUUACUGUGGUUGGAAGCACUGAAAACUCAUUUGCUGAAUGGGAAUAAGAGGGAGCUCGGCCCAUCGUUUGACGUCAUCUGUUUUCUUCUUCAGCGAAGGGGUGUAAUUGAGGUUGAGGAAUGAAGGAUGAUAUGAAAAAUAAACAUCAUUUGGUGCAGCAGAAAUAUGGGGUUUUUUUCCCACUUAAAUCAUCGCCUGUUAUGUCCUGUGGCCCUUUACAUGUGUCUCUUCUUCAAAAAUCAACAAACAACUUUUAAAUGAUCUUUAGUCAAUUAAACAUCAAACGAAAUGUAAAGUACAACUUCACGUUUUUUCUUUUAGCUCAAAUGAAAACUCACGCGUUGUCUCAGUUAAUGCAAGUUAAUGUGUAUGAUGUGUGUAUAUUUGCUGUGUUUUAUGGGCCCAAUGUUACUUUACAGUGUACCGUACCUAGUGUUUCUUCAAUAAAAGAAAUUCAGAUGA